CAAGGGAUCAUUUCCCUACUGUUAGGGCGGUUUUCCAUCUUGCGAGGGAAAACCGCUCUAAUCUUUUGUUCAUUUUUUUUGUAUACAUAAUCUCGUGUUCAUUCCAUUUCUUGAACCAACAACAAAGUAAGAGUUUUGUUUUUUUUUUUCACUGCUAACUUUUUUAUUUACGUCCGUUAGUACCUGCAUAUUUUGAAUUGGGUUUAUUCUGUGCCCAACUCAAGAUAUCAGAGUAUAUUUUCAAAGAAAAAUAGAGAAGAAAUUAUGGGAAGAAUUGAUGAAUGCACAUCUCCUCUGCCUGGUGAAUGGAUGAAGGGCAAGCUGGUUGGAUCAGGUUCUUUUGGAAGUGUCCAUUUGGCAAUGAGCAAAUCCACAGGAGGACUUUUCGUUGUGAAAUCCUCGCAGUCUUGUGAUGGAGCCCUUGCUCUUGAGAAUGAGGCUAUGAUUCUCGAGAGUCUGAACUCCCCAUAUGUUGUUCGAUGCAUGGGGAUCGAAAAUGGUAGAGGGAAGUCAUGCAAUGUGUUCUUGGAGUACAUGGCAGGGGGUAGUUUGUCAGACGUGGCUCAGAUCUUUGCGGGUGCUUUCGAUGAAGACGUGGUUCGUUUGUACUCGAGAGAGAUUCUUCAUGGUCUCAAGUAUCUUCACAAAAAGGGGAUCGUGCAUUGUGAUCUCAAGUGCAAGAAUGUGCUCUUGAGCUCCUCAGGGAAUGUGAAGCUGGCAGACUUUGGCUGCGCCAAGAGGCUCAAGGAUGAGGGUAACCCUGUGCUUUCCACUGCUAUUGGUGGAACUCCAUUGUGGAUGGCUCCUGAAGUUUUGAGGAACGAAGGGCUCGAUUUCGCUUGCGACAUUUGGUCAUUGGGAUGCACUGUGAUUGAAAUGGCCACUGGAAGGGCUCCUUGGGCAGCUGAGAUCUCCGAUCCGGUAGCCGCUGUUUUGAAGAUUGCUUGCAGCAGCGAGAGGCCUCAGUUUCCAAGACAUUUUUCAAGCGAGGGUCUGGAUUUUCUAGCGAAAUGCUUGGAGAGAGACCCGAAAAGGAGGUGGUCUGCUGAGCAGCUACUUAACCAUCCUUUUGUCUCUGGAAAUCCAAUGAGAGUUUCAAGAAAGGGCGAGACAUUCUCACCAGCAAGUACUUUGGACGACAUUGCAACUUAUGAUGAUACGUCUGAAUGUAAUUCUGAUUGUGGAGAUGAGAGUUGUGAAGGGAACGAGUUCGCCGUCAGAAAUCCGUUCUCGAGGUGCAGUGAUGAAAGGAGCAGAAAUACAGUGAAGCCUGUGUGUCACUUUGAGUCAUCUGAAUUCUGGAUCACUGUUAGAUAGCGUCAGAAUAAUAUAUACUCUCAAGUCCAUACUACAGCGCAGAGCAGAAGAAAUUGUAGAUAGUCUGAUUUCAUAUACAUUUGAUGAAAAUGAGGUUGGUACGUUUCCUUUCCAUUUUUGUACAGCUAAGCUAGCAGGUGGAAAGAGAAGCAUGUCGACAUUUUCCCAUGGUAGCAUUCAAUUCAUUGGUAUCCUGUACAUUCGUAGAUUUGCAGCAAAAGUUCAGAUUAAUAUCAACCAGUCUCGU